UCGCCCUGCUCGUCCUCCUCGUCGCCCUGGUGUCCGCGCAGCGCGCCGCGGCGGACGGUGACAUGUGGCCGCUGGAGAGGCCCGUCGGCAUGCCCGCCAUCCAGUCCCUGGAGGUGAUGUGCGGCAAGGACCACAUGGACGUGCACCUCACCUUCACGCAGCCCUUCGAGGGGCUCGUGUCCUCCAAGGGCCAGUACGGCGACCCCAGGUGCGUGUACGUACCGCCGUCCACGGGCAAGGCCUCCUUCUCGUUCCGCAUCGCGUACUCGCACUGCGGCACCAAGCCCGACCUGCACGGCCAGUUCUACGAGAACACGGUGGUGGUGCAGUACGACAAGGACCUGCUGGAGGUGUGGGACGAGGCCAAGCGGCUGCGCUGCGAGUGGUACAACGACUACGAGAAGACGGCGUCCAAGCCGCCGAUGGUGAUCGCCGACCUGGACGUCAUUCAGCUGGACUUCAGAGGCGACAACGUGGACUGCUGGAUGGAGAUCCAGCACGGCAAGGGCCCCUGGGCGCCGCCAGUGUCGGGCAUCGUGCCCCUCGGCUCCACGCUCACCCUCGUCGUGGCCAUCAACGACUACAGAGGGGAGUUCGACAUGCGAGUCAAGUCCUGCGCCGCGUCGGACGGCGGCGGCCACGUCAUCCAGCUCUCCGACGACCAGGGCUGCGUACUGCGGCCGAAGAUGAUCUCCCGCUUCCUCAAGGCCAGGACGGCGGACGAGCGCGCCUCCGUCGUCACCUACGCCUUUUUCCAUGCCUUCAAGUUCCCCGACGCCCUGUCCGUGCACAUCAAGUGCAAGGUUGAGAUCUGCCGCCACGGCUGCCUCGACCACUGCCAGCAGGCCGGCCUCGGUCACAGCCAGGGCCCCGCCGACCACGGACUCAACGGCCACGACGACGCCCUCCUCGGCGGCGGCUUGGGCGACGGCCUCGGCGGCGGCCUCGGCGGCCUCGGCCACGACGCCGGCCUGUACGGCCCCCUGGAGAGGAAGGACGUGCCGACGGCGGCCUCGCCGCACCCAGUGUACACGCCGGGCGGCCCCAGCGGCACCGUCAGGACCCCGGGCCAGGCCGCGCAUGCCAGCGCCGAGAACGGUGACCUGUUCGGCGACCUCAUCUACGACGAGCUGGUGCAGAUGAACGAGGAGAGCGCCGGCCUCCACGACGGCGAGCACGACGUCCCGACCGCGGCGGCGCACAAGGCGCCUCGCCCCGCCAGGCCGCCGAAGCCGUCGCAAGGACCCCUGGCAUCUCAAGGCCCCUCUCAAGCAACCCCCUCGCAGGGCCCCUCGCAGGGCCCCUCGCAGCAAGCGGCGUCGGCACCGUCGGGACCGGACUUCCUCAACAACAUGCACCACGACGUGCUGCCCAGGCCGUUCCAGGAGCCGCUGCCACCCCGGCAGUCGCUGCGCGAGGGCGUGGAGCGCUUCCCCCACGGCCCCCGCCAGCUGGACCCGGACGCCGUGAUGGAGCUGCGCGAGCUGCGCGACGACGACAACAACGCGCCCCGUCCGCCCGCACCGCGCCGCCGGAGGUCCGUCGCCGUGUCCGACCGGCACACCCGCAGCGCGGACGUGGGCGUCAGCGGGCUGUACGACGUCAUCAGCGAGGCCGACCUGGCCUUCACGCCCGACUCCAAGGCCGAGGCCGUGAUCGUGUUCCAGGGCCGCAUCCGCGAGGAGGUGGUGUACGGCAUCUGCCUGCCCGUGCAGGGCUUCAGCGUGCUGUUCGUGCUCGUGGCCGUGUCCGCCGUCGUCUCCGCCCUGGUGGCGGGCUCCCUGCUGUACCGCUACCAGGUGCAGCGCGAGACGCAGCAGAUGCUGCAGCAGCAGCAGCAGCAACAGCAGCAGCACCGGCAGCAGCAGCGGCAGUCGCAGCACCUGGGCAUGCAGGCCCUGGCCACGUGGAUGUCCAUGCGCUUCCUGGGCGGCCUCGGGCCCUUCGGGGGCCGCGCCGAGGCGGCCAGGAGCGCCGUCAGCAAGGUGGACGAGACGAGCGACUCCCGCUUCUGAGUCGCCGCGGCCGCCGCAGAUGUGGCCGAGCAACGUCUUCUAGUGACUUAGUUCUAAUUCGUUCCGGUGGCACCCCUCAUCUGGAACAGUCAGUAAGUUGAAGGUGGGGGCGGCCACCGCCACGCUUCGCAUCCUGGUUCAAGUCCCCUAGCCGCGUGAGUUACGCCUGUUACGAUGCGCCCGAGCUUUCUUACAAUUCCCCGCUUUCCUGUCCACCCAUGGCCGUCCAGAACGAUAUCAAAGGGGACUUCAAACAGCAGCCUGUGAGCCUUGACGACGCUCUGCUGGAAAUGUGUGCGACGGUUGGUGCGGUCCGAAGCCCAACCGCCGCCCACAUUUCCCAUAAAAGCCGUCCCAGAGCAAUUUGAAGUACCCCGGUCGGCGUCCCGUCGACGUGGCCUCGGCGUUCUCGGCGUCCUCGUCCCCUUCUUCCUUCUCUCUUCCUUCUCCGGGCGGUGGCGCUCAGGUCGGAAUCUAAGUCAUACGAGAGAGGCUUUCAUAGUGAAGUGUACAAAGAGUAGAGUAGCCGGAUCAAACUCAAGCUGGCGACGAUGGUGUCUGUAGAUUCUGAAAGAACCAAAAACAUAAAUAAUAAUGAUAAAACUGAUAUUGAUAAUAAUAAUGUAGAUUUAUUAUGUACAAAUUCUGUUGUAGCAGCUCUAUUGUCCAAAUCACGCCACGUAUGAGAUCGCGAGAGUUAAACCAAAUAUAUUUAGAUUGUUAGAGCCGCAGUGCCCUAAGGCGGGCUCGUUGGUAUUGUUGGUUUUCUACAAUAUAUUGGAUCGAGUAGUAAAACUGGGUUUGAUCAGCACCGUGUGAGUGAACCCUGCCAGCAACCCGCCCAUUCAACAUCAUCGGUGUGAAUGUGUGUGUGUGUAUGUGUGUGCGCGUGCCUGCGUGUGUGUGCGUGGGCUGCGACGUGAUGCCACUCAAGCCGACGGCCGAAAGUUAAGGCCUCGUUAAGGACUUGAACGGAGACGUUUUGUAGUAAUAGUAUCUAUUUAUCGUUGACCGUGUGAAAAGUGAUAUUUCAUGUUAAGGACUUUUCAUGACCUGAAAGAAUGGGCUGGAGUAAAUAAUCGCGUCCCCUUUUUUGCUGCACCGGGAGGGGAGCUCGAAGACUGUGUACACGAGCGGGAGGUUGACUGUUGACUUUAAAAAAUGUAGUCCUGUAAAUUAUUUCAGGUGUGAAAGUGUUGCGUGAUUGUUUGUAAUAAUUGUUCUCAACUAGGAAACGGUGCUAGGAACCUGCUCAGAAAAAGUUGUUUGUUAUUUUAUGUGUUUGUUUUGGAAGUCUCAUCAGUGGUGCCAUAUUUAUGGGCCUAAUAUUUACUCUAAAUUAAGAGAAAGUUUUAAAAUGAGCACGAUAUCUUUUUUUUUCUUGAAAAAGUGUCAUUUAGUAAAUACAAUUGAAUGAGCUGUUGAUAGUUAUGAAUUGAAGGUAGUUGUCUACCACUGAUUAUUAUGGUGUAUUUAUUUAUUAAUUUAUAGUAGUUAUGAAUUUUUGUAUUUAGUAGUCGUUGCGUCACACGUCUACACUGAAAAUGGAACAGUGAGACAUCUAAACCCUCAAGGGGUGAGACAUAAUUGUCUGACCGAAAAAGGACGUUACCAAAAUGUUUUGCCGUAAACGGGUGAUACUUCGAUACAUGAACGAAAAGGGGUGAUGUAUCACCGAUAAAGGGUAAUAUUUCGGGCCGGUCGGGCUGAUGUCGGACCUUUUCCCGGUUACACAUUGGAGUACCGCCCUUUUUCGCUUAUAUUUUGUCUAUCGCCGAAAAUUGGUCAGAUGUCUCACCGUUCGAAUUUCAGUGUGCGGUAGUCUCUGUAAAAAUGAUGAGUGAGGGCUUGUCAAUGUAAAAUCUCGCGGUAUUCAGCUCUUGUGUGCAUGGCGCCAAACAGGCGUGCUCAAAGCCUGGAUCCGUGCCGACAUUGUUUCCAAUUCUCUUGAUUAUAUGGAUUUAAUUUAUUUUUACAAUUAAUGUAAUGUAUAAGAAAGUAGCUUAGACUGGCAAAGCAACCUUCCAAGCAGGCCUCGGCGUUGUCCUCGGGUGCUUGUCGCUGCGCUGGUUCAUCUGGUCUUCCCUUGCCGGCCUUGCCACGGUGGCCGUGCCGUGCCGUGCCGUGCCGUGCCGUGCCGUGCCGGGCCAGCCCUUGCACUUGAUGCCAAAGACUGCGCCGGCGACACUCGACCGAUGAACCGCUCUGCCCGGCUCUGCCGCGUCGUGCAAUGGGGCGUGCUAUGAGAUGUUCCUUUGGGGUUCACAGGACUUGUUGGUCUAAAUUAAAUUAUUUGUUAUUUAUUGAACAUUUAUUCUAUGUCCACAUUUUGUUAUGUAGAUGUAAGUGUUGACUAUUUACUACUUUGUGUUUGUCGGCGCCCCUCCCUUCAAUAUUACUACCAAGGUAAACAAACGCAGCGUGGAUGGAAAAAAAUUGACGUUUCCCGACGAGGCAGAUCUUGGUUGUUAAUGGCAGGAACACCUCUAAUUUUCAUCUAACAUUUUUCUCUUGUAGAUCUCGUUAGUUAUGUUUGGACCUUUGUUUAUGAUAAUUAAUUUCGAGUUAAAUUUAGACAGGUUUGUAAAAUUUCGGUGGACGCAUGGCGUGAUAUUUUCGAAUGUGGCCUUUGACAGAGCUUCGCAGGAAGCAGCUCACCCUAUUGCUCAAAGUUUAUGUUUGGUCUCACUUGAUUGUUUUACUGUUUUAUUACAUUCAAUUGCCCAUUUUGUAUAUACUUUAAGAUAUUAUUAAUAUUUGUAAUAAUAAAUAGUAAUACUACGUUAA